AUGGCUGCCGAAGCACAGUCUCCGACGCCAGCCUCGUCGGUUCCAGAGAACAACUCCGUCGAACCUGGUGAUGUCAUGGCCAACUCUGCCGAGGUGGAGGCGGAUGCCGGAGCCGACUCUUUAAUAAACCUGACCAUUGUCUUGCCCGAUCCCAAGGCUCAAAAGAUGCAGAUCAUGGUUUCGUCCCAAGAGCAGGUUCAUGAGGUUCGCCAAUCCAUCAUCGACAUGCCGGCCGCCUUCCGCCACACGUGCUUCCACCUCGAGUAUCGCGGCCAAAAAGUGAACGACUUCAUCUCCAUAGCAGAAAUUCCCGACCUCGAUGCCGAACCCGAGUUCCACUUGGUCCAGGACCCCUACACUGAAAAGGAGGCGCGCAUCCACCUCGUCAGGAUCAGAGAGCUCAUCGGCGCUGCGGGCGACCGCACGGAUUACUCUCAAGGCGUCCUGCCCGGUCUAUCGCUCUUCGAGAGGCUGGACUUGAAGCCCGUCGCCGAGGCAGACGGCGCCGACCGGCCUGCCGUCGAGGAGUUCGACUUCCAAGCUCUGCCAUCCCUGACACAGCUCGUUCCCGAGCCCACCAACCCACCUCCCAAGACUCUCAAGACGGUGUCCCUGUCCCCUUGGAACCCACCCCCCUGCCACCUGCGGCAGCAAGGCCACUUGCUCUACAUUGUCGUCACCACCCUAGAGGGCGAGCAGUUCCAAGUUACCUCUCACGUUUCCGGCUUCUUCGUCAACAAGUCUUCCAACACCAAAUUCGAUCCCUUUCCUCGCCCUGCACCCAAAUGCCAGUCGGCCCAUUCUCUUCUCGAGCUCGUCAGCCUGCUCUCUCCAUCCUUUGACGACUCCUUCUUGCAACUGCAAGAGUACAACAAUCAACGAGACCCGCUCGUCACCUUCCAGAUCACCAAUGCCAUACCGGCGGCCCCCUGGGCAGUGCCCUCACCUCAGUCGACCCUAUGCACCCACGUGCCCGAUGCCACCCGCCCCCAGGAGCCGUACCUGCUGUCCGGAGCGGAGAACACGGACUCCCUGCGGGACUGGAACGAGGAGCUCCAGUCGGCCAAGGAGCUCCCCAAAGAGACGGUUCAGGAUCGUGUCUUCCGCGAGCGUCUCAUAUCGAAGCUCUAUGCCGACUACAACGAUGCCGCAACCAAGGGCGCGGUUAUGGUUGCUCGCGGUGAGCUUGCUCCUCUGAACCCCACGGAGUGUCGGGACGCGCAGAUUUUCGUAUACAACAACAUCUUCUUCUCUUUUGGCGCCGACGGAGUGGGGACCUUUACGUCCGAGGGCGGCGACGAAGCCGCUCGCGUCGCCACCGGGAAGGAUGUUGCCGGGGUCCGGCUGGUGAACCAGCUCGACAUCGCCGGCCUCUUCACGCCUGCCACCGUCGUCGUUGACUACCUCGGAAAGCGCAUUGUCGGCCAGAGCAUUGUGCCUGGAAUCUUCAAGCAGCGAGAACCUGGCGAGAACCAGAUCGACUACGGUGCCGUCGACGGGAAAGAUGUCGUCGCAGCGGAUGAGCGGUUUGCCCCCACGUUUGCCACGCUUUCGAAGGCGCUCAAGGUCAAGCAGCACCCCGUCUGGGACAAGGACGGGAAGCGAUUCGACCUCGAGGCCAGCAUAGAGACGAAAGGUCUGAUGGGUACUGACGGCCGCAAAUACGUCCUGGACCUGUACCGCAUCACCCCGUUCGACAUCAACUGGAUUGAAGAAUCCAAGUCUCAGGCCACAGGCGCCGAGGCUGGCGCGUACCCUCACCAGAUGACGGUGCUACGCCCGGAGCUGGUGGAGUCUUUUGCACGUUUCAGGAUGAAGCAGUGGGUCGACGAGAUGCUGGCUCGUCGGGCGCAGGAGAAGCAGGAGCCGGCCGCCGACGGCGCCGACGAGGGCAAGGUCGCCGAAGCGGAGGGCGACAGCUCGACAAGCAACAAGCUGGAUCUCUCGGACUUUAAAUUUGCGCUCAACCCCGAUGCCUUCAGCGGCCAGCUGCCGCAGAGCGAGGAGGAGAAGUCGCAGCUCGAGGAGGAGGAAAAGGAGGUCCGCGAGGCGUGCAAUCACCUUCGGGACCAAGCCAUCCCGGCGCUUCUGCGGGAGCUCUCGGAGUCCGACAUAAGCUUCCCCAUGGAUGGCCAGUCCCUCAGCCGUCUCCUUCACAAGCGCGGCAUCAACAUCCGAUACCUCGGAAAAGUGGCCACUCUCGCCACGGAUGGGCGUCUGCGUUGCCUGCGCGACAUUUGCGUACAAGACAUGGUGUCGCGCGCUUUCAAGCACGUCGCCGCCGGCUACCUCCGCGCUCUCGCCGUUCCCUUCACCGCGGCCUGCGUGUCUCACCUGCUAAACUGCCUCUUGGGCCGCGCGCUGAACCAGAAACCUACCGCCGACGUUGACUCGGCGCUUCGAGCCUUGUAUCCCGACGGUGACUUUGCGUUCGAGCGCGUGACGCCGGAUACUCUGCAGGCAGAGAUCGAGGAGCAAGUCCUUCGACGAUUCAGGUACAAGCUGGGCGACCGGUGGGCGCAAGAGGUCCGCAACACGCAGCUGCUGCGAGAGGUCUGCUUGAGGCUGGGCUUCCAAGUGCAAGCCAGGGACUAUACGUUUGAGGAAGUGCCGGGCGCGCCGUCCGCUGCGGAGGCGGCGCAGCCUGGGGCGAACGGUCAGGUCAACGGAGACUCGAAGAAGAAGAAGAAGAAGACGAGAGACGGCUCGCCCGCCUCGGCGCCGUCGGCGGUCGUCCCCCACACCUUCACGCCGGACGACAUUGUCAACACGGUGCCGCUCGUCAAGCACUCGUGCCCGAGGAGCGCGCUUGCCGACGAGGCCCUGGAGGCCGGCCGCCUUUCCAUCGUCCAGAAUCAAAAGAAGCUCGGCCAGGAACUUUUGCUGGAGUCGUUGUCGCUCCACGAGCAGAUUUACGGCAUCCUGCACCCCGAAGUGGCCAAGGUGUACAACAGCCUGUCGAUGCUGUACUACCAGCUGGACGACAAGGAGGCGGCGGUCGAGCUCGCAAGGAAGGCCAUCGUCGUGUCCGAACGCACCGUCGGCGUCGACUCGUCGGAGACGCUGCUCAACUACCUCAACCUGAGCCUGUUCCUCCACCAAGCCGGGGACAGCAAGGGGGCGCUGGCGGCGUCGAAGCAUGCGCUGAUGCUGUGGAAGGUCAUCUACGGACCCGGCCACCCCGACUCCAUCACGACGAUCAACAACGCGGCGGUGAUGCUGCAGCACCUCAAGGCUUACCACGAGUCGAGGCGCUGGUUCGAGGAGUCGCUGCGGGUGUGCGAGUCCGUCUUCGGCAGGCAGUCGGUGAACUCGGCCACGCUGCUGUUCCAGCUCGCCCAGGCGCUCGCGCUGGACCAAGACUCAAAGGCCGCCGUCAACCGCAUGCGCGAGUCGUACAGCAUCUUCCUCGGCGAGCUGGGGCCCGACGACAAGAACACGAAGGAGGCCGAGAGCUGGCUCGAGCAGCUGACGCAGAACGCCGUCUCGAUCGCCAAGCAUGCCAAGGACGUGCAGGCGCGGCGCAUCCGAUCGGGCAUCCGCUUUCCCACGCCGGCUGCGAGCGGCCAACCCUCGACGGCCGGGCAGGCUCGGCGCAUGUCGCCCGAAUCGCAGCUGGAUUCUCGCAGCCUCGAUGAGCUCAUCAAGUUCAUCGAGGGCGGCGACCAAAAAUCCAAAGGAUCGAAGAAGCGUCCUGGUCGGAGCAACCCGAAAAGGCGGUGCCAGAGCACGGCGGCGUAG